UUUAUUGAUUCCAAAAUUUGGAGCUGAACUUAAUUAUUGCUUUUUACUAUAAAUCACGCUUGUACCAUGGCGAAAGCCACCAAUCUGCUUAACAUCAAUGUGGACAAUCUCUUUGAGCAACACAGUAUUACCGAUAUUGACCAGAUUCAUAAACAACUCCAAGCAGAAGUCGAGCUCAAACGGGAGGAACUUCGAACCAUGGUUGGGGAACGCUACCGUGACCUGCUUAAGGCAGCGGAUACAAUCGGGGACAUGAAAACAACGGCCAGUUCCAUUAUUGGUAAUAUAGAUAAUAUUACCGCUGUCUGUCGUCAACUGAAUGAGCACCAACUGAUUGGAUUCCGAUCGGGAGCCCAGAAAAAGAACGUCUCUAAUAAAUUCUAUGGAAUUCUUGUUCAAAUCAAGCUAUUAACCAACCUUCCGGAGAUGAUAUGGAGUGCCAUUGAUAACGAAGAUUACUUUGUCGCAACGCAGUUGUUUAUUUUUUCUAGACAUAUCUCAACAGGACUACAGUUGGACUCAAACAAUGAAGUUAUGGCCAAGUUUUCGGUUGCCAAAAAGCAGUGGGCCGUUCUAAGCCAGUUCUUUUUUACCAUUAAACAAAACUGUGCAAACUGUCUAGAACGAGAAGACUUGCGACCGGAAGUUGCUGCAAAAUGUUUGGCUAGCAUGCUUCUGUUAGAAAACUGUCAGCUUGAACAGAUCUUGAAUGGCUUCGUACAGAUGCGCUUGAAAGCAUUCUCUGGAGUUCUUUCAGACAGUUCAAAAAAUGAAAAAGUUAAAGAUAAGAUUGUCGCUAGUUUAAAAGUGUUGAUGAACACGGUCGAUUUGAUUAAUAGAUGUUUCAUAGGCACUGGACAAGAGGCAGGUCUUCUCAUGAUGGAAUUAACCUCGGUGACCGGCGAAAGUUCCCUUCCGACGAUUAGUUUGAUAAGGUCAGAAGAUCCGAAAAUCAUUCAAACAUUACCGGACAUUAUCUGCAAAUUUCGACCAAGGUUACAACUUCAAUCGUUAAAUACGGAAAUGGUGCGAAACAGUUCUCAAUACUGGCUACUAAAUGUGGAGAAAAUAGCGUUAAAGCAGCUUGCUUCUUUUAUGGAUUUAGUUCCAACGAUCAAAAUGCUACAUGACAUAAGAACACUUUGUCUAAGAGCAGCUGAAAAGCCAGAACAAUGGUCUGAAACUUGCAAAAAAUUGUCUCUUACAGAAUCGCUGGAUUUUUAUAACCUUUUCUACCAACCAUUGAUUAACGCUCGAGCAAAAUCUAUAAUCAAAUCUUGUUGGUCUGAGACAGUAGAAAGCAAUUGUAACGACAUUCUUGAACUAAUAAGGACCGCAUCAACUGACAAGUCUCUGAAGAAUAUGAAAUACUUCGUGUGGUCCGAAUCGGCAGACGACAAUCCACUGAACUUGAAAGAUGCACUCGAUCGAUCUAAUCUGGCUUCCCAUCAAUUACUAAUGAAAUCAAGAGCGAUUCCACCCUCGCUAGUAAAACUUGCAUCCUUGCUCGAUGAACGCGUUCAAGCUCUAACCGACGAAGUAUCCUCAUUUUUGAAAAGUUCCAAUGAUUCAGAAGUAGAUCAUCUUACUGUAUUUUACAGCGAUAGUAGUGUUGAAAGUGUCUUUCAACUUAUAACAUCAAUAAAAUCGGCGGAAUACAAGCAAACGGGUGAUAGCUUUAUUAUACUCGCCCGACUUUUGAUAGCCUUCAAAGAGCUUUGUCCUUCGUUAAAACAAUGUGUUGCCUCGUCUAAAUUUGCACACACAACCCCGUGGCAUGAUGAUGAUAAUCUUCAAAUGAGUAGUAAACGUUCAUUUGAUUUGCAAAUGAACAAUUGGACUAAGAUAUCUGGCUUGUUGGACGAGGAAAGUUUAAGGUUUUGGAAACUGUGGAUAGACGAAUUUGAGAAGAAAUGGCCACAGUUGGACCAACAUGCCGGUUAUGCAACAGUACUUGUAGACUUCCCCCUAUGGGAUAUAGUUGCCAUUGAAGAGAAUGAUGAGCAGAACCAACCGGUGCAAUCAACCAUUCGAGUUCCCGCACUUCCAAGCUUUUCACUGCAAAAACUGCUCCAUACGAUAGCCACUCACCUCAGUUCGUUCAUACCCCACACAAUCCCGAAAAGCAUUGUAACUCUGAUCGUGGAUAAAACUGUCGCUCGGUUGUACAAUCAUUACCGGAACCUGUCGGCGCUCGAUUUCAUACAGAAGAACCAAAAUUCGGCCUUACAGUACUAUUUCGAUUUGAAAUUUAUUCAGCUUUUAUUUACCGGGCGUGAGAAGAAACAAUUCAACGAUGACUACAAUCAGUUGAUUGACACCUUUAAGAGUUACAUCGACCCGUUCGACUUUGAUGUGUUCCAUUCGCAUGUGAACACUAAUGUGAAACGUGCGGUUCAGCGAAUGCAGCACUUUUUCGGUGUAAUGAUAGUAAACGGAGACCAAUUCAGCACGAUCCAGAGUAGCACAGUUGGGACGUCUGCUGCUAAUGUUAGCAAGCUUAGUCAGGAUAAAAAUCCAAAUAUUUUAGCUCUUAGUUCUAACAGUGCGAGCGAGACGUGGUUCCCGCUUUUACCUAUUGUGACAAAAGAAAUGCCAACGGCCACGACAGCGGUGGUGGAACUAGUCGGGUUUGCUGAUAAACCGGAUGAUAAGCCGAUGAAAACCCCACCCAAAGAAACCAACACAACCAACAAACCGAAGGAACCGUUACCAUCAUCGUCUUCGUCUGCAACGGCACAAAAUUACGCCAAAGGAGCGGCUGCUUUCUUUGGUCUCGAUAAGGACUGGUUCAGAUAAAAGCUAGACUUAUUAGUAAGUAAUACACAAAAUAUUCACCUGAUUUAAAAAUAUGAUGAUUCUAUUUUUCAUAAAUUUGUUCAACUAAUUUAUUAAGUCUUAGAAGUAAUACACGAAUUAUUUAAACACAUUUAUAUACAA